AGUUUCAUUUGCGGCUUCGUGGACAAAAACGUAAACAGCUGUUGUGCCUGCUCUGUUUUCACUGCUGAGAUUGCUAUUUAAGAGGAUUUUCCCUGGGGAGAAGCUAGAGGAGAAUGGAGUGAGGUACUGUACACAUGUACAGAGUCCUUCAGAUCUUGUUCUCACUCGGUUGACCUUACCUGACCCACCAUGGAGGGGGUAUUUGGACAGAUCCUCAAAGAGGCAACGUCAAACAAGCAUGCAGCACUACGGGAAGCCGUCAGUCAAGCACAAGGGGCAUACAGCCAGGAGUCUGAGGCUUCUACACACUCACAGAGAGAAGUCUGUAUUGAACCAUUCAAACUGUGUCUGGAGUCCAAGACUAGCAAGAUUAUUCCACUGGGGAUCACUGGACUUCAGAAAGUGGUAACAGAUGAGAAACUGAAGUGCCGAGAAGGGGAGAUAGAGCAUGAGGAUGACACGAUGCCAAACCAGAUUCUUAGAGCGGUGGCCAUCACCCCCUCACUCAGCGAGGAUCACCAAGUUGAGAUCAUGAAGCUUCUCCUUAUGGUAGCCUGUUCCAACCCAUCCCAUGUAUCUCCACAGACUGUCAUCAACAUUGCCAAGGCUUGCAUUGAUUGGCCGUCUGUUGCUACCCGUCAUCCUAAUCCAGCCAGUAACGCUGCUAAAAUCACGCUAACACAAACUUUACGCAUGCUCUGUGAAUCACAAGUCAAAAACACCAUCAUGCUAGACAAAGGAGAGAUGGCUUCUGUUGAUGGUAAAGACCGACUUUGUGGUGAUGUGGUUGCUGUACUAGGGUUCUUAUGUAACAAGGUCUCAGAAACACACAAAGCUGGAGCCAGCACCCAGAAUCAGACCCAAUUGACCUUUGAACUGGAAGCCAUCUUGGCAAUGCUGAGCAACAUGGAGCCUGGCCUGCGAGGCAGUUCAGCCUUCCAGAAAGUCCUCUGGCAAGAGUUGUGCCCCACACUGAUAGCCGUCCUAGGCAUCCCCAAAGACCAGAAAUCCAUCAUCUCUUCCAGCUCCUCCUCCUCCUCCUCCUCCAACCAUCAUCCCGGCGAUCACCAUCAUCCAACCACCAACCACCAUCAAGAGCAUGGCAGGGGAUCUAGCAGCGCGGUGUCCGUUCCCGUCUCCUUCCGCUCAGCCAGGCAUGUCAUCUACUGCAUAGCUGGAGAACUGAUCAGACUGGUGGGCUGCGUGGCGUCCAUGAGGCCCGUGAUUGGUUCGCUGCUUCACAGGAUGCUGCUGUUCCCACCCCCUUCGCAGAGGAACGAGGCCCUCAAGGUUCUUAAAGAGAUACUGUCUGCUCCGGGUCGGAUCCUAGACCUAGCUGGACCAGCGAUAGAGGGAGCUGAGAUCACCAGCAUGUCAAACAAAGACCACAAGGCAGACCUGGACUUAAUCAAACUGCUCAUGGAUGGUAUAUCUGAAGCAUCAGGUUGCCAUGAGGUGUGUCUGUCUAGCAUCGGGUGUGUGGGGGCGCUGUUAGCUUCACUGGAACAGAUCAGUCAUGGGAAAGGAAUGGGCCAAUGGCAGGCAGAAGAGAUCGUCAGGAGAGCCAAGGAGAAAGAAGAAGAAAACAAGAAAGAAAUGGAACAAGAACUGGAUGGACUACCUUGCCUUGCACCAGAAAACCUUCAUACCAGCUUCCCGCCAGAGCGUAAACAGACGCUGCUGGAACUUGCAGGAGCCUACAGGUCCGUCACAGGAGACGAGGACAGGCCGGGUGAAGGAGUGGACAGGAUCGGACUGCCGAACAGAGAUGGAGAGAGAGAAGAGGAUGGGGAUCUGCAGGAGGUGGAUCCCAUCACGCCCAGAGGAGGAUGCGACAAUGGAGAUGGAUUGGAAGAAGAUGGAGGGAAGGAGGAAGAGGUGGUGGAUGAGGAGGAUCCAGUCGCUCUUGCUGCAGCUGCUUUCGCUGCCGACGACGAUGAUACACAGGACGAUGCUGUGGAUGAUGCUACCAGUGAUGCAGUCCAGGAUGAAGCAAGGGAGGAGGCAAGAGGCAAAGAAGAGAAGGAGGAGGGGGAAGAGACCAAACAGGUUGCAGGAGAAGGGGGUGAGGAGGACAAAGAAGAGCCUUGUGAAGAUUCAGGAGAGGAUUCACCUCUUAUUUCUCCGGACACGGAUCUCAAGAGCAGUGGCCAGUGUCCUGAAGCAGAUGCCCAGACGUCAGAGAAUGAGGAGAAGGAAGGAGAGAAGAAGGAAGGAGAGAAGGAGGGGGCAGCUAAGGGAUCAUCUCUACCAGGAAGCCCAUCGGCCGCUGCAGAGAAGGCUGCUUUCCUCAAUGCCAAGAAGGAGAAAGAAGCUGCCCAGGACUUCGCUGAUGCUCUCCUUGCCAUGCUGCCUAGAUUUCUAGUCAUCGAUGAUGUGAUGGAUGUUGAUAAGGCCAUUCAGCUCUUUGCCUCCAGAUAUGUGAUGGGCUAUACCAUGAAGAAGACCGAUGCAGAAGAUGACAAAUCUAACAAGCUGAACCUGACCCCGGUCAUCAAUGCUGAUGGUAUCUAUGUCGCUACUUACGCCUGUCUGCUACUCAACCUUAAACUUGUGAGGAGCGAUCACUACCAGAACCCUGCUUCCCUGCCUCUCACUCAGAAACAAUUCAUAGACAGUGUGCACUACAGUGGAGUGUUAGUCUACCUGUCAGCCACUUGGUUGGGUGAAUUGUAUAGGAUAAUAAUUACAAGGAACCUCCUGGAGGACGGAGGCUACCAGCCUGCCAUGGAACACUGUAACCGGGCUCUCAUCUCCAUCCUGACAGAUCUUGAUGGAUUAGGAAGCCAGGAGCUCGGUGGUCAGAUGCUUCAUGAUGCUCCUGAAUACAAUCAGGGGAUCGGAACCCUACUAGUCAACAACGCCAACCUUGAAGGAUCUGCAGGUGAGGUGUUUGCACGAGAGCUUCUGACGACCUUCUGGAGGCGUAUACUGUCCAUCCUGUCCAUCCCGCUCUCCUCCAAGCACACCCAGGUAGGCGGUCUGGCCUUCCUGCUGGGCAGUGAGGGGAGCAGCAGCAAGGAGCAGAACUCCAGGGACAGGGACGCCAUCUGUCUCAGUCUGGAUGGUCUCAGGAAGGCUGCAGAACUCAGCUGUACACUAGGCCUCCAGACUCGUUGUGCCGCUGUCUUCGCCCAGCUGAGCGAGGCAUCCUGCGCAAGCGACAAUCCCACUCCUGACACCCAUCCUGCGGAGACGUCCUCCAGGAUGGCAAGCCUCAGGGGCAAGCUGGGCAAGGGGCAGGGGAUGAGGCUGCAUGCUGCCCAUGUCCUUAGCAUGGACGCACUGCUCUCCAUGGGCCUUGAGAUGGGCAGCCAUUCUGCAGAAUGCUGGAGCCAUGUCUUCAGGUGCUGUGCCUUUGUCUCACAACUCGAACACACGCAAUUCAGCAGCACCGAAGCCCAACCCUCGGUCACCCCCAUGCCCAACGUCAAAGAAUCCACCCGGCCCAUGGAACCGAUGGAGGAGGCCAUGGCGGACGAGCUUGACCUCAUUCCCCCCUACAUGUCGGGACACGUCCCCGUAGCCCCUCCCCCUGCCGCCCAAGCCCCGCCUCCAUCGUCGUCGGGGAUCGUCGUGCAAGAGUUCAUCAAGAAGGAGAUGGAGGAGUUGGGGUUUGAGAUUGGGUCAGCCAAGGGUGGUCUCCUCAGUGUGGCCAAGGCUGCUAAGGUGGUCUGUGGACUCUCUGCUGGAGUUGACAGAUUAUUUGAUGAUGCUGCAUCCAGUCUAAACCUCCACGCCCUUCUGGGUUUCUUGCGCGAGCUACGGCUUGCCUCCCAGGCCCAGCUGUACCGCUGCUCCCAGUCACCUUCAUCUGCCAAGGGCGUCGGUCCCAUGGGGGAGGAUGCUGCCGGUCAUACCCUAGCUGACGACCACAGCAUGAUCACCCCUACCUCGCCCAGUAAGUCCCUCCCAACGGUGGGAAGGGCAGAGACGUCCCUGCUGCUGUUCAGGUUGGGGGAUGUGAUCCUGAAGUGCGUGAGGCAUCCCAGUCGCCCCGUGAUCCACAUGAUGAAGGCCUGGAGUGUCGUCGCUCCUCAUCUCAUAGAGUCUGCCUGUCACAAGGACCGUCACGUGUCCAAGCGAGCCAUCGACAUCAUCCACGAUGUCCUCACGGAGGUGAUGAUGUCCAGCCAGGAGCUACCCCACUUCAACUUCCAUGAGGCUCUUCUCAAACCCUUUGAGAGUCUGCUGAGGCUGGAGCUCUGUGACAGUGAUGUCCAAGAUCAGGUCGUCUCUUCAAUAUGUGAGCUUGUCGAGGGAUCCUUUUCAAACAUCAAGUCUGGCUGGCGCCCUCUAUUUGGAGCCCUGCGAGCGGUGCGCAUGCAACCCCAUCAGCAUCACGAAUCGGACGACUCACCGGACAGGGCGGAACACCCAUUGGCCCCGGUGUGCAACGUGUUUGAAGCUUUCCUCAACACAGAUAACGUGACUGUGUUUGCGAAUGCUGCCAUUGACUGCAUACUAUGUCUUCUGAAAUUCGUCAGGGGUGGAAACAAUGCUGGUAUAUCAGAAACCAGCAGUGAGGCUGAAGAAGGUGACGGUAGCGGCUCUCAGGCCAAGCCCUCAUCCCCACAGCAACGACCCCCAAUGACCUACGGUGUCUUCGACCUCUGCUUCCCAGCGCUCAACUACCUUCACCGGUGCCACAAGAUUCUUGCCUCCAUUCACCAGAUGCCAUCCUGCCCUAUGUUCAGGGGAGCGCAUUCCAUCAGGCUGGUAGCCAGGGAGAGCUUCCCUGCAGGAGAACUGUCCCCUCAAAGGUCCUUUCCUCUCCCAAGCUCGCCAACAUCUCCUAGAAACGGAGGGCUGUCAUCCCUCGGUGUAGAUGAUGCGCUCUUCCAACCUAUCGCCAUGGAAUCAGUGGAUGACUACACAGGCAUCAUCCGGGUGUGGUUCCUUCUGCUGGAGGGGUUGACAGGAGCGGUGGCCCUCUGCCCUAGACGAUACCAACCUCCUACUCUGGAGCUACUCUUUGAACUCUUGAGGGUGAUGGCAGUCAAUCCAGGCCCCAUGUUUGGUGUCUACGCUGUGACCGAGCUCCUCCUGCCUAUGAUGCACUCCUGGGUCCGUCGCAACCGCCACGUCCACUCCACCUGGGACGCCACCACCGCCAACUUCAAGCAGGCAUGUGGUCUGGCAACCGACCUUGUGGUGGAGCACCUGACCCAGGAGGACACUCAGGGGAACUCCCCGUCAGCUACUCAGGGGAACCCCCAGCCGGCUACUCAGGGGAACUCCCAGUCGGCGGGUAGCACGGAUGGGGCAGAGGAUAUCCCACCACUGCCACCGGUAAAUGGCCGCUGCCUGAUGCUGAAGCAGAUGCUGGAUAUCCUGGUGGAAUGCAUAGGGCAGUCCAAUGAAUCAGUGGCCAGGCUAGGAUGCUCCUGCAUCAGACAUCUGUUACUGAGUGCUGGUCCUAGUUUCACCCAUGACAUGUGGACGGUGGCCUGCAAUGGCAUGCAGCGAGCUGUGGCGACCAGCCUCCGCAGCAUCAGACAACUGAUGUCCUGCUUCCAGCCCGGUUCAGACGACUUCAUGGGCGAUGUCUGCCCUGUCAAGGUCGCCGCUCGCAAGGAUGUGACGGAUAUGGAAUACCUCAGGCUGCAACAACUUGCACAACAGGUAUUCCAAUUGGAUUCCCAGCGACCUCUUUCCAUGGAGAUGACCCCUCAGGAUGACCCGAGGUCAUUCAUCUUUAUCAUCUAUCCUCCUGAUACGGACCUCACCACCAAUAUUGAUCAAAUUAAAUCCAGGGUGUCUUUCCGUGGUAUAGUCCUCGGUCUGUUGGCUCACCAGCUUUUAGUUCAGACGCUAGGUACCAUCCUCCUCCAUGGGUCUGAGAUUCAAGUCUCUGGUGAGCACACCGCCAUCUCCACCACUAGCCUGCCGUCAAAGCUGAGCCCCCAUGAUGGAGCGGAUGGCCCCAACUCACCUACUACCACCACCAACUCCAGUAAGGUUCCCCCAUUCGACUCUUCACUACCGGGCCUCCUGGCGUACCUCUCGCCCCGGAACCUCUCUCUCCUCCUAGAGUGCUUUGUUCAGUCCUACCAGAUUGCCUGCGAGUUCAACAGCAGGCCAGGGUUGAAGUUUCUCCUGCAGAAGGUGGCCAGGUUUGAGGUGGCGGCCAACCUCUACUGGCAGGGUGCCAUGAGCUUCACCUUCUACCUCCACACCCUCCUGGAGCUCUGCCACCACACCCCUCGCAAUAAAAUGGAGGCGGCCCACAUCAAGGGGAUCAUACGGGCGCUGUGCAGGCAUGAGGGUAGUCCUGAGCAGGUCACAAAGUUUGGAGAAGGGGACAUGGGUCCAGCAGAAGAGACGACAUCGAGCACCGCCUCUCCUAAUGGAGAUAACUCUCGUCAGCGAUCGGGUACCUUGCAGAGUAGGGGUAGUGUCAGCAGUGUCAGCAGCGUGGACAAUUUGCACCUGAAAUGUGACUUGACCUUUCACCCUACCUCCAUGGGGGAUCUCGAUUGGCUGAUUAAGCGGCUUCAUGGUAUCUGUAACGAUGUCUGUGCCUCCUUCAUUCAGCUGCAUGUUACCCCAAAUUGUGGUACGAACGAGGCCCCUCUGUCCUCAGACAUGGCUCUCUUUUUCUUAGUGGCACCCACUACGUCACCUAAAGAAAGCCGGGACAGGAUGUUCACCUUUGAACUUGAGGAUGAUCCUCUGUCUGAUGGAGACAUUGAUGAUGACGAGGAUGAUGACAAGGAUGAUGAGAAGGAAAGGGAAGCCAAUGGCGAAACAAAACAGAGCAGGCAACACCGAAGCAGUCUUCCAAGAGCCAAAGGUUUCAAAUUUGCCUCCCAUUGGACUCCUAAUGUCAAGUAUGGGUCGGAGGUCAAUGGCGAUGUCAGGGAGCAUGAGGUCAAUGUGAUCGAGCAGCGCAAGAAGAUGUUACAACAAGGAAGCAGUGGGGAAGAGGAAGGGCAGAUCUACACUGUAGCAACCAAGAAGGCCAUCAAGAGUCUCAUGCAGGAGUACAAGAAGCGCAAGCUCCACCACUCCCGCUCCGUCUUCGUCAAGAAGCCCACCUUUAAGGAGCAGAUGUACGGCCGCAUCAAGGCCAAGGAAGCAGCUGCGAAGCUGACGCCGGUGGAGCGCCAACGCCGCAAGCAGAUCCAGGAGGAACAGAAGUCGUCCAUCCUGCAGGACGGAGAGGCACAGAUGCAGACGUGGGGCAACAUGCUGGGCACCAUGCUGAAGCUCCUACAGCUCCUACCGGACGAACAGUUCAGCGCCUUCCUCCCGGCCAUCUUCCCUUGCAUCAACCAGCUCGUAUGUCAUGUGACCAACGAUCAGGUCAGGCAAGGGGUCAUGGAGUUCAUGGACAGGGUCGCACGCAUUCAUGGAAUCGUCUGAUUUCCAUGUUCCACUUGCAGAUUUUUCAAAUGUACACUAUACUUUAACAGUUAAUUAUGAAACAAGUAGUUUUCAUUGACUGAUGACUAUGUAGAUUUGUUGUUCUGAAUAGCUCUGUACUUACUUUUUCUUAAGGUUAUUAAAGAAUUGCUUACUUUUUCUUAAGGUUAUUUAUUUGUUUUGUUUAUGUGUGUAGAUUACUACCGUAUUGGUUAAUAGAGAUUUUGCCUCUUUCAUCUUGACAUUACUUCAAUCUUAUUUCUUAUGCUGUUUAUUUAUAUUGUGCUAUAUUAUAUUAUUGAAAAUAUAUUAAGUAGAUCUUUUAAAGUAAAGUUUAAGAAGAUCUGAGAAGAUUAUAGCGAAGAAAAAAAUAAGUGGAGCAGGCAAAUUGUCUCAUGAUCAUCAAUGUACAUUUAUUAUUCAAACUGUAUUUGGUUUUGUGGAGGAUUGAAUACAGUGAUCUGUUUUAUUUUACUAUACUAUCCUGUGCAUCAUUCUUAGAAAAACCUUGAAAAAAGAAACAGUAUUUUGAUUCUGCUGUGCAAUAUAAUGAUACAUUCCAUAAGAAUUCAUGAAACAGAAAAUCAGGCCAAUCAUUUUAAUAAUGAGUGCAGUUAUUAACAAAACAGCUAUCAGACAAUUCAUUAAUGUAUCCCAAAUUAAGGCAGCUUAUAUCGCUUACUUUGAAAAAUUUGUUGUCAUUGAAUUUACUCAGAUUUAAGAUUUAAGCAAGUUGUUUAUUGAAAAGGGCACAAGUGUAGAUGUGCAGUAUUCUAAUUCUCAUUUGAUAGAUUUUAAUUUAUUUUCAGUUGUUUUAUUUUGCUACUAGUAAGAGGCUGAUAUAUUACAUUACACAUAGACUUAACAUCAUUUUAGAGCAGGGGAAAGGUAGUCAAAUUUGUUAGAUAAAAGGCAUGUCUAUAUCUUUAAAACAAGAAUUGUUUGAACUGUAAAAGAAACGGAUCUAUGUUUGCAUUUAGAGUUAGAAAAUUCCACAAAUUUACACGCUACAAUGUGCAUGAAUUUGAUUUGAUUAUAUUUGAUUUUAUGACAUUACUUUGUAUAUGCUUGAUUCUUGAACAGCUUUAGUUUUAGAUUAGAUUAGCAUAAUUAAAGGAUGUAUAAGUUGUGAUUUAAUGAAACUUAUUUGUGUAUUAGAUAAUCCUUUUUGGGUAGAUAUGAGGAAUAAGCCUUCCCUUUGAACUUCCAUUUAAAAAAAGAAAGGUUUACUAUCACACUAUGGUGGAAAUAUUUCUAAUUAUUUCUGAGUAUAGACUAUUGUAACUAACACCUAACAUUAUACAUAUUUGCCUACACAUGGUUUCUACAGAAAUUAUUGGCCAGGAAUCAUCUUGAUUGUUUUCAUAAUUAUACCCAAAUCAACGCUUUGAAUACAUUUAUUUACAUAACGGCAUGUGCAUGUAUUGACAGCUAAUAUUUUCAUUGACAUCUUGGAUAUUAUCUGUAUAAAAUUAUGUACACUUGAAAUAUUGUAUCAAACCAUAUUAUGUUCAUGAAAA